AUGGAGGAGGCGGCGAAGAAGCGGCCGAUCAUCUCGGCAAGGGAACGAGGCCCCGGCCCGGGACGCUACGCUCUCCCCCCUACCGUGGGCUACAUCAACCAUGACUUCACCAAGCCCAGCAGCCCGGCCUACUCCUUCCACAGCCGCCUGAGCAGUGCCAUGGUCUCUGUGGACUCCAGUCCCGGACCGAGAUACCACGUGGAUGCCAAAGUCACAAGGUUUGGCCGGACCGACACCCCGGCCUUCUCCAUCUUGGGCAGGGGUCGACCCUCUGCUGGUAAAGGUGAGGUGUUCCAGACUCCAGGUCCAGGAGCCUACAGCCCAGAAAGAGCGCCCCCUCUGAACUCCCACCGGAGACCCCCGUCCUUCACCAUGGGCUCCCGCACCAGAUACUGCACGGAGGACGCAGUCCCAGCCCCCAACAGGUACACUCUCCCGAGCUUGCUGGGCUCCCAGGUUCCCACCAAGUCAUCCAGCGUCAGCUUCAGCAUGUCCAGCAGGAGGCGGGUGGGGGCGCCCUCUGAGGACCUCGCCAAGAGUCCCGGACCCGGGAAGUACAACAGCACCGACCCCGAUGUGUACCGCCAGCGCCAGCCCUCUUUCUCUAUGCAGGGCAGAACCAAGAGACCUAGCUACUCCUCGGCCAAUCCCGGGCCCGGAGCCUACAGCCCUGAGAAGUUCCACCUGCAUCUCCGCAGAGCCCCGUCGUUCACACUAGGGGUCCGACACUCUGAGUUCAUCACCCCUCUGGUGCUGCGGGUCACUGACUGA